AGACCCGUCCCCCUCGACUCCCCUCCCACCCCUCUCCCCGCCAUCCUUCCCCUCCCACCCCUCCCGCCGCCAGCCUUCCUUCCCCUCGCCCCUCACCAGAUCGCCGUUGUCUUCGCAUGGAAGUUUCUGCACUCCACCUCGCUCGCGCCUCACCUGCAGCCUCCCCUGCGUGCAGGCCCACAAGUGCCGCGCCGCCUGCUCCGGCAAGCGCCCCCGCACCGCCCCCAUCCCGCUCGCCCAAUUACAACUUGCUGCAGGAGAAGACCCUGGUGAGGGAGUCGGCCCACAGGCUGCUCGGCGACUUCGGCGGCAACUUCGGCCGGACUUCGAGGGACGCCCGGGCGCCAAGCUGCCGCCGUCGCUCGUCUUCCUCCGCAAGGCCAUGGAGCGCCGCAGCAUCCGGCUCUUCUUCCUCCCCCGCGACAUGACCAGGAGGGCGCAGAACCGCUCACGGCACGACAACAG